AUGUUAAGCUCCACUACUUCUGAUAAUUUAGCAUGCACAGAUGAAGUUAAAGUUUAUGAGGAUGAGGGGGAAGAAGAGGAGCAACAAAAGUCCUCUGAAAAUCUGACGGAAGAUAAAGUCAGGCUGGUCAUCGAAAGCGAAACUCAAAUUCCAAAGAUAUUUGAUCUGUUUGGUAAAAAUGGUGGGGCAUCAUCAUUAUUCAAAAUGCCGUUUCCAACUGAUCCUCGUCUGGCAAGUUACUUGCUUCCUGGUUAUCCAGCUGCAAUUGCUGCUGCUAUGGCAGCUGUUAAUGCUGUAUCCUGUACAUCAUCCCCUUAUUUAACAACUUGUUCAUCAUCUUCUCUACCAUCUCUAAUUAAACCUACUUCAUCUGUAUGGAAUAUGAAUUCAGCUAAUGGAAAUACAUCGUCUUUUUGGUCAACUACUUCAACUGUACAAACUAGUUGUACUAGUGGUGGUGGUAGUGGUUCAUCAUCCACCUCUUCUUCUUCUUCUUCUGGUUAUGCAAGUUCUGAAGGAAGUGGUAGCAGUAGCUCAAAUUUAUUUCAUUCUUCUGCAAUAUCACCUGGUAAUCAUAAUAAUGAUGAAGAGAUACUUUCACGUAUACGAAGGGAAUCAUUAAAUUUUGAAAAAUCCUUAUAUUUCUCAAGUAAUAAUAAUAAUAAUAAUAAUAAUCCAGUGAAUAUUACCAAUCGCACUAUAGACUAUAAUUUAUCUGGUCAACUCUCUGGAUUUUCUAAUUCACAUAAUGAUGAUAAAGUCAAAGUGUCAACGGGUUCAACAACUAAUCAAUUAUCAUCAUGUGUUCCUAAUCCUUUUGGAUUUAUUCCAUUCUAUGAUCCAUUUGGAUGUAGUGCAGCGGCAGCAGCAGCAGCAGCAGCGGCGGCAGCAGCGGCAGCUGCAGCAGCAGCAUAUUCACAAAAAUCUCAUACAGAUACAACAACUAUAUGCCUAGAUAAUAAUAUGAAACAGUCUACUAUGAACUCGAAAUAUUAUCCUACAUCCUUUCGAAAUGGUUUAGAUAAUUAUGAUUUCAGCUUAAAGAAUUAUGGAAAUGAUGGUAAAAGAAGACGUGAUAUGAACUCAAAUGAUCAUGAUGCUGAUGAUGAUGAUGAUGUUAAUAGUAAACAUACUAUUACAGUGAAUAAUGAUGAGAAUAAGUUGAAUACACUGUCAUCGUUGUAUACAAAUGCCUAUUAUAAUAAUAGACAUCCUUCUCCAUAUGAUCUACACAGGCAGUAUCAGUCAACAGAUUCAUCUUCUAGUCGUGAUAUGUUAAAUGAUCAUCGUCAUUCACCUGAACAAACGAAUGAUGCAAUUGAAUUAUCAAUGCGAGAACAUAUUCAAUCACCGUUGGCAAUAUCGCGUUCUUAUUCAAUGGAGAACUCAAUAGAUUCAUCUAAAACAUCUGAAUCAUUAUCUACUAAUCGAUUAUCAGGAUCAGGACAAAUACUAUCACCAAAACCAGCUCAUCAUAAUCUAUCUCCAUCAACAUCAUCAAGUUUCUUUGCUGUAGCAGCAUGUGCAGCAGCAGCUGUAGCUGCUGCUGUUGCUUCAUGGAGUGCAGCUGGUUCACCAAAAACUUCAAGUAGAUCAUCACAUCAAUUAUUAUCUAAUCAUCAAACAUCAUCAUCUUAUACCAGUAGUAUAUUUCCAUUGAGUCCAUCUACAUCAAUUAAUAAAACGAAUUUUUUAAAUCAUUUUCAAUCAGUUAAAUCACCAGGAAGUAUUGGUAUUCCAUCAUCUCCGAAAGGUAACAACAGUUUAACAGCUUCUUACUCAUCUUUAUCUCCAGCUGGAUUGUAUCAAAGUAACAAUAAUAAUAAUACUAAUAGUCGAGGGUCCACUUCAAACAACUCCGCUGCUGCUAGUCCCUAUUCUCCAAGUAUGUUCGCUGCAGCAGCUGCUGCUGCUCAUAUGCAACUAUUAUCUGCCGCUGCAGCAGCAGCAUCUUUUAACUCGAAUUUGUCAUCGUCUUCAUCCAUUUCUUCACAUACUCUGGAUAAUAAUAAUAAUGGUUCAAUGCAAACAGCUCAUGGUACUCCGUUUACAAAUCUAUCUAACCAUGAAUCAACUGUUGGUACUAAUGCUACAUUUGAAGAUAAUAUUAGAGGGAUGAAGUCUUCUGUAUCAAUCCCUGAUUUAUCAGCAACUCAACUCACUUCUUCUACUUCAUCAUCUUUUCAAAAUAGAAGUAAUAACAACAAUACUAGUACCGGUAGUAAUAAUAAUACUCCAGUUUCACCCAGCUUAUGGAGACAUCAACAAGCUGCAGCCGUAGUUGCUGCUGUAGCUGCAAGUGCUAUGAUUGGAAAUUCAUCGUCACCAUCAUCUUCAUCGGUUUGUUCUGUUGUUACUGAUGGCGGUCCCCUGACUACUACUACUACUACUACUACUUCUACUACUACUACUACUGCUAACACUCCACGUGGUGGUUUAUUGAAUCGAACCAUAUCUCCUGGACUAUGGUCUAGUCGAAGUCACUUAUUUGGCUCGAGAUCUCGUGAUCGUCGAUGUUUUGAAUUUGUAAAAGCGUUAACAAAAUCAGGAAAUCAUAAUUAUCUCAAUAAUACUUAUAUUGGUAAGAAUAGAAAAAGUCAACUUAUCACAUUAGAAAAGAAUAGAAAGAAUAAUAUUUCAAUUAACAAAGAAAUAAUUAUUGAUGAUAUAAAAGAUAAUAAUAAUAAUAAUAAUAAUAAUAAUAUAAAGAAAUCAAAUCAUUUAUUAACUUCAUCUUCACCAUCAUCAUCAUCAUCAUCAUUGAUAACAUAUUCAACAAAGGGUAUACAUAUUAAAAAACCAUUGAAUGCAUUUAUGUUAUUUAUGAAAGAGAUGCGUUCACGUGUACAAGAAGAGUGUACAUUAAAAGAAUCAGCUGCUAUUAAUCAAAUUUUAGGUAAAAAAUGGCAUGAAUUAUCUAGAGAAGAACAAACAAAAUAUUAUGAAAUGGCUAGACAUGAAAAAGAAUUACAUCAACAAUUAUAUCCUAAUUGGUCAGCACGUGAUAAUUAUGCUUAUCAUGUUAGACAUCGUAAACGUAGACGACAUUUAUUUCAUAAACAUGCUAUACAUAUUAAAGGUACACAUUAUAAUAAAUCAACUAAUGGAAUUGGAAUAUAUUCAUCUGAUAAAUUAUUAUCAACAUCAUCAUCAUCAUUAUUAUUAUUGAAUCAUUCAAGUAUAUUGGAUAAGUGUAAAUGGGAUAAAGAAAGGAAUAAUAAAUCAUUAUCUUGUCAACAACAACAACAUAAUUAUAAUCAUUCUCCAAUUAAUAAAUAUUAUUCUGAUGAAUUAUUAUCUCCAUUAAUUGGAAAUCGAUCAAAAUUGAAAAUUAGUCAUAUUUCAGAUGAUACUAACCAUUAUCACCAUUAUCAUAAUAAUAAUAAUAAUAAUAAUAAUAGUAAAUGCCUAUCACCGCCUCCACCAUCAGAAUUAUUUUCUAGUGAUAAACAAAUACUCUUGAAGGUGAAUUCACCAUUUUAUCGAAAUCAAAAUCAUUCCUUUAGUAUAACACCGGUGAUAACAACAUCAUCACCAUUGUCAUCAUCAUCAUCAUCAUCAUCAGGAUUGUUGACACAGCCUACUACUACUACUACUACUACUACUACGACGACGACGACGACACCCAUGACGACUACUGUUAGUCAUAGUUCAGAUGUAUUUACAAAAUUAUCUUCAAUGAUACAAUCAGAUGGUAGUUUAUUUACUAGACAACAUAUAAAAUGUAUUGAUGAAGUAAAUUCAUUAAUUUAUAAUAAAGAAUUAUUAAAUGGUAAUGAUAAAAAAGAUUAUCCUGUUGGAAUAGAUGGUUUCAACAGUUUACCAACAACAACAACAACAACCACAACGACGACGACGACGACGACGACGACAUCGACAAUGAUGAUGAAUAGAAACGAGAAUCAACAACAUCAUCAUAUCAAUUCAAAUGUAAUUCAUCCAUUUAUUACUCAUAAUAUUACUAAUAAUUAUAAUAAAUCAGAUAAAUUUAGACGUAUGCAUAUAUUGAAUAAAUUGAAUAAACUGCAUAAUGAAAGUCAUCAAUAUAAUUAUCAUUUUGAGAAUAAUAAUGAUAAAUCAAAUUUAUUUGAACAUUCUAUAAAUUUGCCUUUUUUACAUUCUGAUAAAUAUGAAAUGUCAUCAUUGUAUCGACGACCACCACCACAAUCAUCAUCAUCAUCAUCAUCAUCAGCACAUAUGAAUCCACUUUCAACAUUGUAUACUUCAUCAUCAUCAUCAUCAUCAUCAUCAUCACCAUCUUUAUCGUCUUUAAAUGAUUAUAAUAGAUUGAUAUAUUGUAAAGAUCAAUCAUAUUUAUCAUCAAAAUUUACUGGAAUACCUAAUGAUUAUCAUCAAUCGAAUUAUCGAUAUUCAUCAAUAUUUAAUAAUCAAUUACCUGAAAUAUCAAUAUCUUGUAAUUAUAAUAAUUAUCCUAGAACAAUUUCUUCACAAUAUAUGCCUAAAUUUAAUGUUAUCAAUAGACAUAAUAAUUUAUCAAAAGGUAUAAAUGAUUUAUUAACAAAUAAUUAUUCAUGUAUAACAACUAGUGUAACACCAAUGGUUACAGGUAUAACAGUUGGAGAAUUAUCAGGUGGAAAUUUAAAGAAAUGUCGUGCACGAUUUGGUCUUGAACAUCAAAAUAUGUGGUGUAAACCAUGUCGUCGUAAAAAGAAGUGUAUUCGUUUUAUUUCUGAAAUGGAAUCAGAAGAUAUUUCAAUUGGAGGAACACAACAGACUGGAAAUCAUUCAUCAUCAACAACCAAUCAGAUAGCUCAUUUUACUAAACAUGGAUUGGCUAAUUUUAUAGAUCCAUUUAUUCAUCCUAUACAUACACCUCAUUCAUUAAAUUUAUCUAGUCAAUCAUCAAAAUUUCAUUCAUUUCCAUCAUCAGGAUUUUUAUAUCCAUCAUUAAAUUUAAAUACUACUGAAAUAAAUAAGUCUACUUCAUUGUCUAGUUUUAAUUCACGUUUAAAAUCUCAUGUAAUAUCUGAUGGAUAUACUGGUAAAUCAUCUGCAUUUAUCAAGCCAUUGUAUUCAUCAUAUUCAAAUCGUGUUCUAGAUGGUCUACCACCGCCACCGCCACCGCCACCACAACCAUCAUUAUCAGUGACGGAUUCAUAUCAUCCACAUAAUUCAACAUUGGAACAGUUAAAUUUCAAAUUUACUCCAUCCUCUUCCUCCUCCUCCUCAUCAUCAUCAUUUUCUUUACCUACUCGAUCAUCUUCACUUACGUCUACUAAUCAUACAUCUCAGUGUUUAUCUGAUAGAUAUAAUAAAUUGGAUUCAUUUGAUACAUGGAAUACUGAUCAUAUGAAUAGCGUGAAUAAUUUCUAUCCUAAUUGGUCUGAAUAUUCAUCAGCCUUUAAAUUAUCAUCAUCAUCAUCAUCAAUAGUUACUAGGAGUAUACCAUCUAUCACUUCAAUAUCUAAUAUAUAUCAUUCAAAUGAUCCUAUUAGAAAACUUAAUCAAAAUCAACUAUAUGAAAAUAAUCUAUCUGAUGAUAAUAUUAAAUUUAAUGUAGAAAAAUAUAAAUUAUCUUCAUCAUCAAUAUUAAAUCAGAAUACAUUAAUUGAUCCGUAUUGUUUAUCAUUGAAUAAAUCUUCAUCAAUGAUUGAAAAAAUGAAUUGUACAAAUGAUACAAUUUGGAAAUCUCCUACUUCAUUAUCAUCAAUUACAGAAUCGAUUAAUAUGAAAUCAAUUAUUGAUUAUCAGUGUAUAGAAUUGGAGACAACAUCAUCACCACCGCUACCGCCACCGCCACCACUAACAUUAGUAGAAGUUAAUUCUACUGAACCUCCAUCUAAACGUGUAUGUAAUUCUCCAUUGCAUACAUUUAACACUUCAUCUAUUGAUAUUAUUGUAUCUACUGAUAAUAGUGUUCAUAAUAAUAAUAAUGAGAAUUCAGCAUUGUAUAGUCAUUCUACUAGUACUACUAGCCCUAUUAGUACUUCUACUUCUACAACUAUUGUGUCUUCAAUGAUAACAACACAUCGUAAAUAUGGUGAAUCUGUUCGAUUUGGUGUAGCUGAUUUCAUGGGAAUAAAUGAUGAAAUUGUAGCCAGUGUUAUCGACAAUAGUAUUGAUGAUAACAAUAAUACCACCACCAUCACCAUCACCACUGCCACCACAGAUAAUAAUGCAACAACAACAACAACAAUAACUUGA